AUUGCUUAGAACCUGUGGCCAGCCUCUGCCCUAUGUGACAUAUCCCACAUAGAGAUGCCCGACUUCAAGUUGAAGACAGAUGAGAACAGCAAGGCUACAGAACUGCCAUUGAUUCGCAUUUGCGGUACUGUCGAGCAGAAUCCGCACAUGAGAGCCUUCUGGGGUGCCACCGUCUCCUUCUUCCUGGCGUUCUUGGGCUGGUUUGCCUUAGCGCCAUUGGGAUUGGAGGUAGCCACCAGCAUGGGCACUUGUGAGAACCAAAUCUACCCUCCGGUGGAGCAUCCUACGAGACUGGCAUACUUGAAGUUCAAGUCUCUGAAGACAGGCGAAGCUUACUGUCAGUAUGGCAUCAUCAAGAAUUCUGAUGACGACCCAAUAGACUGCGCAGAAGUGCCUUAUCCCCAAAACACCACUGGAACUGCGGAGGAGAAGAAGAAGUACCGACCCAGCAUUCUUUCCAGCUGUGUUUGCACGGCAGGAACCAAUUGCAACCACAUCAUCGCAAAUGCGGGUGUCGCAGCUGUGGGUUCAACAAUCUUCGUGCGCAUCGCCCUUGGAAACCUCCUGGAACGAUUUGGACCAGUGAACGUGCAAGCAGGUCUCUUAUCUUUCGGAGCUUUCUGGGUUGCAAUGGCUGCGUGCAUUUCAGCACCUUGGAACUACACUGUGAUAAGGUUCUUCAUUGGCUGUGUAGGAGCUACGUUUGUCACGAACCAGUUCUGGUGUUCCUUGAUGUUUUCCCCAAAUAUCGUUGGCACUGCCAACGCCACGGCAGCAGGCUGGGGGAAUUUGGGUGGAGGUGUGACGCAAAUCUUUAUGAUCUCGGUCCUCUUCAACCCGAUGAUCGACUCAGGGAUCGAUCCAAACACGGCCUGGCGGAUGGCGAUGAUCGUUCCAGCUGUCCUCUUCGUCCUGUGCGCAGUGACCUUGAAGCUCUUGUGCUGGGACACCCCCAUGGCAAAGCGAUUCGAUGUGGCCGUGAUGGGCAAGACCAAGAAGCCGUCUCUAUGGGAUUAUGUUGAGGUGCUGAAGGACAUCCGCGUGGUUGUGAUGAUCAUGCAAUAUUCCGCUUGCUUCGGCACAGAGCUGGCGAUGAACAACCAAUUGGCGACGCACUUCAGGACUUACUUCCAAAUGGAUGCAGGUGAUGCCUCGGCGUUGGCCGGAGCCUUCGGCUUGAUGAAUCUCUUUGCCAGGUCUUUGGGAGGAAUUGCCAGUGACAUCCUCUUCAAGUACUUUGGUUUUCGAGGCCGUAUUUGGGCGCAAUUCCUGGCGUUGUUCUUUGAAGCAAUCUUCUUGUUCUGCUUCGGACUGGUGGACAACACCCAACCAUGGUACGUUGCAUUGGCAGUGCUUAUUUUCUUCUCCCUGUUUGUCCAGAUGGCAGAGGGCACAAGCUACGGAAUUGUGCCUUUCAUGAAAAAGCAGCAGCUGGCCGUGGUGUCUGCACUUGUUGGUGCUGGCGGGAAUUUGGGAGCUGUCAUUGCUGGUUUUGCCUUCUACAAACCCAUCAGCGACCCUUUGCUCCCUUUUCAGGUACAUGCAGCGUACGUGUUGUUUUGGACCUUGUUGACGCCUUGCUACUACUGGAAGGAGCAUGGUGGCAUGUUCCAUGGACCAGCGGUGGAGUUUGCAACAGAGAAAGCUGAGAAUACGGCGUAAAUUUGGCAGAAAAUGUCAUGCCAAACUUUUGUUUAGGGACUGGUGUUAGGCAGUGCAUGGCAGUGCUCGUCCAAAGGACAAUAACACAUGCACAAGAUCCUGCAGUAUGGCCUGCAGGUUUCCCUUCAAAGAAGGUUUUUUCAUUGCCAACAUGUGUCCGCACAGGUGGUGCACGAUGUCAAAA